AUGUCCUCGACCCUUCCUCUUCACCCGGGUCCCCGACCAUUACCCUCUCCCAACAAUCCAGUCCAACAGAGCACCUCCCCGCUCCCGCCAUCCCAAUCCCAAAGCUCAUCCAAGCCGCAACAACAGCACACUGGUCUCCGUGUUCCCUCAAAUCGCAAGACGAUCUAUGAUCGAAAUAUCAAUCGUACCCGUGCUGCAGAGCUCAGCCGCGCCUCCUUUGCCUACAUCUUCGCGGAGAUGGUGGCCUACGCGCAAAAGAAGGUCACCGGUAUACAAGAUUUAGAACGGCGACUGAACGAGCAAGGAUAUCCGCUAGGUCUACGAUUGACUCCAUUACGAGCUGAGUCGUGCCAUGGCAAACCAGUCCUCCACCGCCUCUCCACCCCAACCGCACCGCAACCCCGCCCCACCCGUAUCCUGCCACUCCUCCAAUUCAUCGCCAAUCCGCUCUGGCGGCACCUCUUCAACCGCCCCGCCGAUGCCGUUGAGUCCUCUGCUACUAAUUCUCGGGAAUACAUGAUCAGCGAUAACGAGCCGCUUGUCAACCAGUACAUUAGUGUGCCCAAGGAGAUGAGCCAAUUGAACUGCGCAGCUUUCGUCGCUGGAAUCAUAGAAGGAGUGGUCUGCGGAGUCUUAGGCGGCCCAGGGGUGGGCAUGGGUCAGGCGCUCUACGGAGAAGGGAGGUUGCCGACGAACGAACCGCCGGCUGCUGUGAGUGCGCAUAAUGCGGGAGAGGUGAAUGGAAUGUGGCCUGGGAAGACUGUCUUUUUGAUUAGGUUCUCGGAAGAUGUGGUGAAGAGGGAGGCAAAUAAAUGA